AGUCCUGUGAGUGCGGUUUUUCCAGUAGUUUGAUUUACAUAAUAUCAUUAACCUGAACCCAGGCAGCUGUCUUCCUUUACAUGAGUGCUCCAGCUCGACGAAUAAUAUAUAUAUACAUAUAUACACCGUAAGGAAACCAGCACUCACAUCUAGUAUAGGUUAUCAAUGCUGGAGUGCAAGAACAAAAAAACAAAAAAGUAAGGAGCAGGGAGUGUAUCCUUCCCAUGCGACUUAAUGGGGGUAAUGUUAGCGGCAAUUAGGGGGAUUAAGCACAGGUGUGGGGGGUUAGGGAGCCGUUCCCAUUAGUGGGUCAGCAGCAGCGUGGCAAACGAGGGGUUAAAUGCUGGCUUUGCAGCAGGCUUACCCCUUUUUUCCUGUCAGCGAGCCAGGGUGAGUAGUGCUGCACGACUGUCCUGUUUAUGAGCUGCGUCAGCAUGGCAAGAGGAAAAUUCUCACUGAGAGAAGUGAGCGAAUGGCUGCAGAGGGAGGCGGGUCAGAAAGAGCUUAAACAACUAUCACAGCUAAUGGCUCCAAUUUCGGACACGCCUUCUGAGGAGGCUGCUGGCCCAGCACCUAACAGGGGGAGGAAAGUGAAGAAAGUGGCUAAGCGUUCAGUUACUUCAGUUAAAGCAAAGCAAGCAGUGAAAAAGGCUAAGGAAAGGAAGUUAGAGUCUGAGAGACCUGCUAAUACUCUUCAAUUGACAGCAAUGUAACCACCAGCUUCCCUGGCUGCUUCAAAUACGGAUUCCAUUGAGAUAGCUGGUCCAAGCACAUCCACUGCGGAGCAUGGCCCAGCAAGAUCAGCUGAUGAUGCAACAGAUGGAACAGCUGCAAAUUUUAGUAAAAGAGCAACAAAAAUUUAUAAAACUUAUACAUCCAGGUUUAAAUUUUCUACCUCAAUCGACCUCCCCACUACUUACGCUGAUGUCAAACAAUGUGCCAAAGCAUCCAGUUGGUGAAGAAAUAUCUGCAAAAAAUUCUGUAAAGUUUCUGAAUCAAGAAUGUUCCCAAACUGGCCCUGUAUUAGAAAAACUUAUUGAGGAGAAAAAUACUGAUUUUGCAUCCACAGUUACUGACUUGGCAAGCAGUUAUACACAAACAUUGAAUUCUGAUAAAGUUUCUAAAACCCUUUAUCCAGUUAAAGAAGAAAAGAAUGAAGAACCUUCUACACAGACACCUCUUUCCCCUUUUGGAAUUAGGCUGAAAACUAAAAAUCAUGAAGAGAGACCCCUUAGACCUGCAAUUGUUAAACAAAAAACCUUUGAAGAAUUCAUCGAAGAGCAGCUAAAAGUUGAUUCUGAAUUUUCCCACAAGAAACAAAAUACAGAGAAUACACUUGAAAGCAAAACUUCAUCCAGGAAAUCCUUUCUAAAGCGUGGAGAAGGAAUAAACAGAUUUGAAAAAAACCCCAUCAAUAUGGCCAAAGAACAAAGGAAAAACUCAUUACCAAAUAUAUCAAGAAGAGAAAGCUUUGACAGUAAACACCUUAAUUCUCUGCCAGGUAUCCAUGGUGAACUCAAUAACAGAAAUCCUAGCAAAAAUAAGCAGGCAACUGAGGAAAUUACUGCUAAAUCAUUUUCUGAACCUGUUACUUCUGAUAUAAUGCACUGCUUGCAAAAAAAAGACAAAUGUUUGACAGAAGAGCAAGAAUUUUCACCUGAUAUUUUGCAUCAAACUUCUAGAGUCUCCAGUGAAAUGGAGUUACAAUUUUCUAGCUACUGCAAAUCCAUGCUUAGCAAAACAGAGACUGCAUUAUCACUGCUUGAACCAAGUAAUGCUUACAAAAAUUCCAUAGCUGUACAACAUGUGGUUCCCACAUCUGUUGCAAAGGAUGAGGUUAUCAAAGCAGAAAAAGAACAAGAAGAAAAUCAAAGAUGGAAUAGUAAACCAAAUUCUACUCUACAAAAUGAAUCAUCUGCAGAACUUUUAAAGGAUUCUGUUCUUGGUACCAUAACCGAAUACAACACUUGCUCUGCUAAUACAAGAGAUUCUUCUGGUAAAACUGGGUUCAAAAAAGUGAAUGAUAAAAUUGUGCCAGCAGAUCCACUUGGAGGCAUAAUGCAUGGACAUAAAUGUUCUGUUGGUACAGUACAGCUAAAACAUAUCAAACCACUUAGUGAAACAGACAGUGUGGAAUCAAAUAGCGAUGAUGACCCAAAAUCACAUUGUUACAAACUCCUGACUCAUGAUAUACCCCAGAAAGUAAACCAGGGUGACUGCCAUUUAGAUUUAUCUGAUCCUGAUUAUGCCAGUGAUGAACCCAGUGGUGAAGAAGAUAAGAAAUUACAUUUGCCACAAAUGAACUUUUUAACCCAUCAGAAUCCAUCAGAAAGCUCAAGUGGUAGUGAGCACUAUAAUGAAACUUUUAGAAGAAGGGGGAACAAAGCUUUCUUAUCAUUUCGAAAAGCUUAUUUUCGUCAGUCACGAAUGAUAAAGCAAGACAAGGAAUUGAAUAAAAAAGAAGAAUGUGAUGCUAGCACAAAGCAAUCAGAACAAACAUUCAAGCCAUCUACAUAUGAUCUUGUAACAAAUCUUUUUCCUGCAUUUAAAAUGAAGGCUGAAAUACCAGAAUAUGUGGGUCCAUUUAAAAAAACAAGUGAAUUGCUUAUAGAUAACCCUCUUCUAACAAAGAUGAAAGAAGAACAAGAAAAAGCAAUGGCUUUUCUAAGACAACAAAUUGAACACUUUGAGAAAGUGAAGGCUGAAGAACUGAAAAGGUUAGAGGACCUUAAAAUGGAAGAAAUGAAAAAACUCCAACAAGAGAAAGAAGACUUAGAAAAACAAGCUUCUCUAGCAAAGUCUAUUAAGGAAAGUGAACAAAAUGAAGAAAUUCAGAUGCUAAAGCGGCAGAUUUCAGAGCUACAAGGAGAAUUUCAUAGGAAUGAAUCCCAUUGGUCUGCUGCACAAAACCAACUAAAAACUCAGAUGGAAGCAUUGACAAGGGAGAACCAGGAAUUGCGCAAAGAACUCAGAGCUGCUGAUAAUCAGUUUGGGGAGAUGCAGAACUACAAAUCUGAAUCUUUGGUUUCACAAGCUAUUAUGAGAGGCACAUUGUCUUCCAUGACUGACCAGAGAUUGGGACAAAAUGAACAUAAAAGUCGAAGCAGUACUCCAGUAGAGAGAAAGGUUAACAACCUCAUAGAGAGACCUGAUCUAAUAAAACAAACAGGAACAAAUGGAGAUGCAUCAUCUGGCAGUUUCCAAAGCAGAAGUGGAACUCCUACAAGCAAGAAGACACCAGUUCGAGGCCGAAUAACUCCAUUUGAACCCAAUAAGAUUAACAACCUCAUAGAGAGACAUGAUUUAAUAAAACAAACAGGAACAAAUGGAGAUGCAUCAUCUGGCAGUUUACAAAGCAGAAGUGGAACAGCUACAGGCAGGAAGACACCAAUUCGUGGCAGAAUAACUCCAUUUGAACCCAAUAAGGUUACAGCAUUGUCUGCUGUUGCACAUAGGAAAUCACCAAUUCCUGUCUCACAUCUCACUGUAUUUAAGGAAUCCAAAACACCUUCUCAUAUUAAAGGAAGAUCAUCAUCUUAUUCUGGUAGCUCAGAUGACAAUCCAGUUAUUUCUGUAAAUAAUCAAGAGUUACUGCACUCAUCACAAAACAGAGACUUGGAAAACCAGGAAAGUAAAACUUCAGAAAUAAGAAAGAUGCAAGUGCAGCAGUCUUGGGAAAAAGAAGGGGUUAACACAAACAAAACACAAAAGCACAGCGUGACCCCUAAUGGAAGGAAAACUCCUGUGGACUAUACCCUGUGCUCAGAAGUAAAGAGCUCAGUACCACGGUCCAUAUUAUCCAGAAAGUCAUCCAUACACAUGGAAAUCAAAAGUAGCGAAGAUGAGAGUAUCCAGGAAGAAACCCAGUAUCCUGAUGGGAAGGUGGAGCAGUUGCUAUCAGAUGGACGCACAAUCAUCAGUUUUUCCAAUGGAACUAAAAAGGAAAUUAGUGCUGAUGGAAAAUCUAUAACAGUGAUGUUCUUUAAUGGCGAUAUUAAGAAAAUGAUGCCAGAUCAAAGUGUAAUGUAUUAUUAUGCAGAGGCAAAGACAACUCAUUCAUCGUACCCAAACGGCUUGGAAGUACUGCAAUUCCCUAAUAAACAAAUAGAAAAACACCAUCCUGAAGGUGUGAAAGAAAUAAUAUUUCCAGAUCGAACUAUAAAACUUCUUCACAAGGAUGGACGUGAGGAAACAACUUUUCCGGAUGGAACAAUAGUAAAAUUAGACACGAAUGGAAUGAAAACUGUCAUAUUUCAAAAUGGACAGAAAGAGAUUCACACUGCUCAGUUUAAAAGAAGAGAAUAUCUAGAUGGGACUGUUAAAACUGUGUAUUCAAAUGGUCGCCAAGAGACAAAAUAUUCCUCAGGACGCAUUCGGAUAAAAGACCAACAAGGAAAUAUUAUUCUUGAUAAGAAAUAAUGUUUAUUGUAGUUGGGUAAACCAAAACAUGUGGGGUAUCUUUUAAACAUUUCCCCUAAAAUUAUAAAUAUAGUGUAUAUACAUUGCAUUCUCAUCUGUAGAAUGCAAGUCGUUACCAUAUUUAGUUUACUUCUGCAAUUCUUCAGUGACAGGCCCUGAUCAUGUAUAAACAGAAUAAAAGAAAGGGGCAUCAUAUGUUUUGUUUAAAAUCACACUAUUCCUUCCUACACAGUAAAAGCCUUGGGAGUCAAAUAUGUAGAAUCCAAUUUAUCAGUAGAUCAGAAGACCAGCAUUAUCUCUAAUUAUUCAAUUGGAUCACAAUUCUGGGUCCUUACCUUCAGGGUCGUUUUAAGGCCUUGAUGGGCCAGGGGCAAAGAGGUAAGCGGUGGGACCCCAGGACCCUGACGCGUGCAGCGUGUCAAAAUUUUUUGUGUAGCCACACCCACUGUUUGGCCACACCUCCUAAAUACCACAACCAUUUUAACAAAACUUUAUUCAGUCAUGCCAGUAAUGGAUAAUCAGAAUAUUAACCACAGAUCUGACAGUAUACUACUUCUACUUUAAAAAAUGGAUAAUUAGCAUAUUAACCCUAGCUUUGCCAGUAUAAUCAAUGUAGAAAUGGGCAAUGAGCACUUCACUGAUCCGGGCCAAGCAAGUAAGAUCACUAAAACAUGGCUUUUUAUUCAGCAGCUCUCCAGUUUGAAAUUUUAACACCUAUCUGGUUGCUAGGGUCCACAUUACCCUAGCAACAAUGCAUUGCUUUGAAUAAGAGACUGGAAUAUGAAUAGGA